GAUAUCUAGAUAAUUUACCGUCUCUCGUUCUCAUAAUACGUCAAAAAUCGUUUAAUAAUAUAUCUUUAAUCAUUUAAAAAUCUUAUUCUGGAUUAUAUACAACAUAUAUAUUUGUAAAGAGUAUAUAGUGUGUAUAGUCUUUUUUCUCACUAUUUUCUCUCAAUGCAAUAGUGACGUGCUAUUUACGUACAUUCGUCAGGAAAGAUGGAAGACGUUUUAAAUGAUGUUGUUUCUUCUGAAGAUUUAAAGAAAUUUGAAAAUGUUUAUCACGAGCAAUUACAUGCGUCAUAUGUUACGCCAAAAGCACAAUUUGAAUAUGCCUGGUGCCUUGUAAGAAGCAAAUAUUCUGCUGAUAUUAGAAAAGGAAUAUUGUUAUUAGAAGACCUGUAUAGUAAUCACGAUACAGAAAAACGUGAUUGCCUGUAUUACUUAGCCAUUGGAAAUGCCAGAAUAAAGGAGUACUCAAAAGCAUUGUCAUAUGUGAGGGCAUUCCUUCAGAUUGAACCUGCAAAUGUGCAAGUACAACAGCUGGAAACAUUGAUAAAAAAGAAGAUGGAAAAAGAGGGCCUUGUGGGUAUGGCUGUUGCGGGAGGUGUUAUUAUUGGUAUUGCAAGUAUUCUAGGCCUGGGCAUUGCAAUGGCCAAAAAAAAUUAGUUAUUUAUGAGAGGAAAAUUGUUCAUAAUCUAAUUGUGUGAUGUAGCUUACUUGCACAAAGCGAUACAUUAUCUUGUAAUUGCUAUAUGAGACACAGAUAAGUCUUGAACAGAAAAAGACAAAUGUACUAAAUCUUUACCAAACCCAAAAAUUAUGAAAUUUGUAACAUCACUUUUCUAUUAACCAAAAAAGUAGUACAAAGAGAGGAAAACAGGAAAAAAAUAACGUAUUAAGUCGUACACAGUGUAGUUGCUUAUUUAAUGAUUUGUUUAAUUAUUUCAAAUAAAUAUAUUUGCGCAAUAGCGCAAAAUGUAAUUCUUUGUUUUGUGUGUCAAAAAUAUCUAUUCGACAGAUCAGUUUUAUUUUACAUUCCGAAAUUGCAUAUAAUUUUUCAAUUUUAUACCCUAUAUGCAUGCAUAUAUAAUUUCGAGAAACCAUUGAAUGUUUUUUAAUGACUGAUUAUUUGAUUAAUUAAUAAAUGAAGUAAAUUUCCUUAACGAAAACCUCAAGGAAGCCUAUUAUUUAUGUUUAAAACUUUUGCAUUAUAUAUUUUGUAACUAAGCUUAAAAUUAAAAUUGUGUCAAAACAUUCUAUUUAAAAUUAUUAAAGUUUUUGUUAUUUAUUUUCUGAAAAUUUAGUUUGCAAAGAGCUUUUCUUUUUUAAUUAGUUUUAAUUUCAAAAUUUAUUUCUCAACAUUUUUAUUAAAGAAAAGUCAACUGUAAACUAAUUAAAUAAUCUAUCAUUAAAAGAACAUUAAAUGAUUUUGAAACUUAUGCAUACAUACAGAUAGAGGUAUAUAAAUGCAUGUAUAUGAAUGUUGCAGAUGUUUUGUAAAAUCUAUCUUUAAAGCAGUAUAUCUGGGUAGAGCCCAGAUUAGCGUUUUAUAAAAAAGCGUGAGCUUUUUAUAAUAAAACUAACUUAAGAAAAAUCCUGCAACAUUAUGUAUACUAUACCUACAGAUACCAUAAUAUUUUUAAGUUAUUAAUAUUAAAAAAUUUUUAUAUUAAUAUAUGUGAGUGUAAGUUUACUCAUCAUACCAAAGCGUUACACAAUGAUAACAAAUGUAGCUUUUGUAUAUAAUUAGGAAAACAAUUGUAUUUGCGAAUUUGUGUUAUUGCUGAUUUAAUAAAAAUCAAUAUUUGAUUGCUA